AUGUCAUUAGAUAGUAAUGAUGCUUGUUUGUUAGAAGUGGAAGAUUACAACUUAUACGAAGAAGACGCGCCAGAUCACGCUAUCCCAAGAAGUGACAGACACUCAUUAUCUGGCGGAAAGACUAUGGAGGCAGAAAAAAGAAUCAGGCGAGAGAUUGCAAACAGCAACGAACGCAGACGUAUGCAAAGCAUCAAUGCUGGUUUUCAGGCUUUGCGAACACUAUUACCUAGACAUGAAGGAGAAAAACUUAGCAAGGCUGCCAUACUGCAACAAACGGCUGAGUACAUCUACUCCCUUGAACAAGAAAAGACCAGACUGUUGUCACAGAACUGUCAAUUAAAGAGGUUAUUGAACCAACAUGAAGGGGGUGAAAUACCGUUAAAGAAAAGAAAGAAUGAGAUCAUUACACAUGUUCCCUCAAUAGUACCAGACUCAACUGAGGACACUAUUAACACAAGAUCUGCUGAUACUGUAGCAAUGGUUACAGUUUCAAAUUUACUACAAAAGAAGGAACCUGAUAAUGGCGAGCUGCUGAUUCAAUUGGAAAGAGAGAGGCAACUAAGACGGUUACUUGAAGAACGUUUGAGUGCUUUAGAAGUUCAGAUUUACCCCGAACCAAGAGAAGUUACUCAUGCAGUUCUGGAAUAUGAAGAAACCGAAGCUUCCGAGUGUAAGACAGAGGAAAAAGAGGUUGAUUCACCACCAGUAGUUGAAGCUCCAACAGCACCCCUACUGGAAGCUGCUAUCAAAGCAGAGCCGCGUGUUGAAGUUGAGGUUCUUCCUGAUGCUGCUCAUGAUCAACCUUCCCGGUUGUACCUGGCUAGUACAAGUCGGCAGAAUCUCGAAACAAUAGUGGAAGCUAUCCGCCAUUUAGAAGGAGACCAUCUGUUCCGUGAAGAGACAAGCGACGCUCCGCUCGCGCUCACCAAGAAAGCCGAGGUCACUCCGCCACAGAGACCAGGCGUCAUCGUCGUCAAACACUCGUGA